CAUCGCAAUUUGUUCGCCUCUUACUUUUUAUAUAUCAUUUACAUUUUAAGUCGGUUCUAAGGUUUAUUAUUACAGAUAUUUUCUUUUUGAGAAUAUUUCAACUUUUGAAUACCAUCCAUUUGUACUGAUGAGCACCUGUUCGACUCCGCCAGUCAUGCUUUUUGCCUGUUUUUUCAUUUUUUUUGCUCUGUGUCCUCCUCUUCAUUGGUGUAUGUAUGUUCCUGUAGAGAGCGUGCUUCUGCCGUUUAGCACACAAGUCAGGGAAUGCCUGCUCUACACAGAUAACAGAAAAUAUGGGCUGUUCCUCGAAAUGAAACUUGAUGGCUCCGUUCUAGGGUCGCAAGAAAGGAAGCCCGACUGUGUGCUGAACCUGCGCUCGGUGAAAGCCGGGGAGACGGUCAUCCAGAGCGCGGCUACAUCGCUCUUCCUCUGCGUGGAUGAUGAGGACAACUUGAAAGGACAGUCACAUUACACUGAAGGAGACUGCACCUUUCAGGAGUUGCUGCUGCCAGAUGGAUAUUCUUAUUUCCUUUCUCCACACACUAAGAAUCCCGUGUCGCUCCUCUCAAAGAAGUCCGGGCUGAAACACAGCGCCCCACUAUCUCGGUUCCUCCCUCUUGUGAAAACUCAGUUGGCAAUGGCAGAGAAAGGAGAGGACAGCCAGAUACAGGGGGGCAAACAAUACAUUAAGGACAUAAACCUGGACUCUGACGACCCGUUAGGAAUAGGACAUCACUCACAUAUUGAGACGGUCUUCAGUCCCAGUCUGCACACUAGGAAGUGAAGACUGCAGAACAUCGGUUAUGGAGGCAUGCUUUACAUUAUCACUGGACUGCAAUGUUUAAAAAUGUUUUGUCACUGUGUUUUUUCUUUGCCCAAAACUGUAUUUAUUAGAACUUAUUUAUUUAUUUGCUAUGGUCUAAAAUUAUUUAAAUUAAUUUAACUUAAAUAUUGUUAUAUUAAAAAUUAUACAAUUGUGCAUUUAAAUAUUUAAAUUCAGCUGGAGAAGAUUCCACCUGCAGUUGGUUUGUUGUUUUUGUAAUACACCGAUUCACUUCAGUAUGAUUUUUGUGUCAUUAAAAAUUUUAAUAAAUAAUAUAUAAACAUG